AGACACCGUUCAACCGUUGGACCUCGCACCACCAACCAGGAAACUGAUGAAACUGAAGGAGACUGGAAUUGCUGACAAACUUUUUGUAAAUCCCGGUUGCCCUCAUCUGCGAGCGUUCAAUCUGUUGAAGAUCUACCGAUCUCAGCUCGUUGUUCGCGCACAUGAUACUGGGGCAAUAACCGGCGAUGACAUAAGGCGCGACUUGGAAAUGGUUGAAAAUGUUGAUGAUAAUAUUGAGCCAGAGGGCAGCAUCGUUUCAGGCUUUAUGGAUGAUCGAAUGGAUGAUUUUGAUGAUGCCGGAAUGGGUGCAGUUUCUCCAGUUGAUAAUUUGGCACACCUGGAAACGAUUCCAGAGGAGGAAAUACCUGCUGUUCCUGAAGAAAUUCAAAUAUCGAACAAGGAGAAGGAUCUUUUUGCCGGCCCAGAAAAGAAAAAGGAGCGUAAAAGUCGCGCGGAACGCACACUGGAGGAGGAUGAAACAGCAAUCGACGGCGAAGAUGAGCACAGGUGGACAAAAAGGACCCAAAAUGUCUUGAAUUCAAUUUCAGCAAAAAUCAAAGCUUCAGCCGAUGGAAAAGUGAAGUUUUUUCUCCCUACUGAAAAUAGUCACCUUUGCUUUUUAUGCGUUUUUGCUGUUCAACGCUGCUAUAGCGUUGCGAUAGUCAGCAAAAGCGCAUAUUGUCGAGAGGUUGUUUGUAUGUGUGUGUUCAGAAGCGAACAGACUUUGUCACCCACUUUCAUCUCAGCAACCAGGAAAUCUGGGAGGCUAAAAUUUUGGAUAUGUAUUCCAACCCGUGUAUCACCCCCGUUGUAAGA